UUUCUUUUUGACCGUCUGUUUCACUUUCUCUCUAUUACUUUUUUCUUUAUUUUUGUAUUAUUACAACCAUUGUUAUUGUUGAAUUGUGACUUUAUUCUCGUCAUAUUAAACUCCUGUUCACUGUUAAAUUAGGACUCUAUUCUUUUGUUUCCCUGGUCUUUGGUCUAAUUUCCCUGCUUUAUCCAUCUCAUGUGGUUCUUUGCUUCCGGGAAAUGAUGAAGGUACACAGGAAGUGAAUGGGGGCUUUUAUUUUGAAGUGCAGCACAUAGACAGUGUGUGUGCCGCCUGGCUCCUGCAGGACUUUGCAGAUCUGGUGCAUGGUGAUUUUAGCAGUUUCCAGAGAAGAUGAUGCUCUCCGGGCUUCUCGCCGUUCUACUGACUGUUCUCAGCUUCUCUGAGAGCAAACAGAAAGACAUGUACACCUUCAAGGUGGUGAACAGCAGAGGGAAGUUAGUUUCCCUGGAGAAAUACCGGGGCUCGGUGUCCCUGGUGGUGAAUGUAGCCAGUGAAUGUGGCUUCACAGAGGAACACUACAAAGACCUGCAGCAGCUCCAGCGGGACUUUGGGCCAUAUCACUUCAACGUGCUGGCAUUUCCCUGCAACCAGUUUGGGCAGCAGGAGCCCGGCAGCGACAAGGAGAUUGACAGCUUUGUGCGCAGAGUCUACGGCGUCUCCUUCCCCCUGUUCAGUAAAAUCUCCAUUGUCGGAACUGGAGCCAACAAUGUCUACAAGUACCUGGUCGAGGCUUCUGGAAAAGAACCUGACUGGAAUUUCUGGAAGUAUCUGAUUGACGUUAACGGCAAAGUGGUUGACACAUGGGGACCAAAAGUGCCUGUGAAAGAAAUCCGACCUAAAGUAGCUGAAAUGGUGCGGCAGAUAAUCCUAAAGAAGAAAGAAGAGCUUUAACCCCUUGUUUCAACACAGUGUUUUGCAGAACGAGAUUCAAUACGAACAAGACGAACAAACGGAAAAGCUUGUAUGUUGGUUGUACAAUCUGACUGUUUAAUAUGAUAAAGCAAUGGCAAAUUCUAAUUGCUUUCAGAAAGCACUGAUGUAACACCACUAUGUUUUUACAAGUCAAUGUUAAGUUGUAUCAGGUGCAUGACUUUAGAAAGUGCGGUUAUAUGCCUAGGAACCCCUGUUUCCCUGUUUGUAAGUCAUGUGGAUUUUAUGUCUGAUUUGUGGAAUAAAUGUUUGAUACCUUU